GUAAUUUUUCACCGAUUGUUAUAUCUGAAUGAUAUAAUUUUCCUCAAUACAUGAGUACCUACAUGAUUGAAUGUUAUCUUAAAUAAUUUCCAAUCGAUAUCUUGUUUUAAGAAUAAUAUAAAUUCAGAAAAUGAUCUGAUAAAUUCAACAGUUGACUUCAAUUUUCUUUCUCGAGAGUAUCAUAGUUUAUAUUAUUACUUGAGUGGUUGUUCUCAGUUCGAAUAAUUAUUUGCAUCAUUGUCGGCUGUAGCAAUGGAGGUUCACUAUUUCAUAGUUGUACUCACAAUUUCACUCACAUGCAAAGCACUUGCUCAGACAACAGAAGAUCCAUUGCAAUCAUGCUACAAACCUUACAGUUGCCUGAAUUGCACCGCAGCAAGGAUUUGCAGGCCGAACCCGAAUGGUGACGGCACAUUCAUCGAUUACAAGGACUUCAACUGCACAGGCUCCACACCUUUCUGCAAUGAAGAUACUGGCACCUGCUCGGCCAAAGCAACGUCCGACGAAUGUGAAGUCGCUUCAGCAGCUUUAGGAGAACAUGUCUGCAUGAAAGACGGCGUUUUCCCACAUCCAACCUUAUGCAAGAGAUACUUCCGAUGCAAGAACCUCACCUCGAUCUCUUUCAACUGUUCGAGAAGCUAUGAUGACUACGAUGCCAUCAAAGGCGAGUGCACUUACUCUGCAACUUGUACUCUCGUUUCAUGUUCCGGCUACAACGGAUACAAGAGAGUCUACAGAAUGAAUAAUCGAAACACACAGUUUUUCGCGUAUUGCGUCGAUGGAGUAGCAGCUGUAAUGGACAAGUGUGAUGGAAAAUAUGCAUUGAAUGAGACUACGCAGGUGUGUGAGCCUGUCUGCUCCUAUCCCGGGCUGAUUGAAGAUAUUUCUGACUGCAGGAGGUAUUACCAGUGUGAUCCCACAUCAUCGCCAGAUGUGUUCGAGAGAACUUCCCAUAUUUGUCCACAGGGCUUUGGAUUUAGUCAGAAGAAUUAUCAAUGUGUGACUCUAGACAAGAUACCAUCGUGCAGACAAACAUUCGUCGCUACACAUAUUAAAAAUCAUGAUGUGUAGCUAUAAACAGAGAACAAUUUCAAAAGUGUUACCCUUCCAAGAUAUUCAUAAAUUUUAUAUUUUCAUCUGUAUAAAAUAAAUAAUUGUUCACUCCAACUCAUAUUGUUUAUCUCUUUAUCAGGUACUCUCCAUUUUGGUUUCAAUCACAACCGCAUCCAUGAUCGUUGAUCCAGAGGUAUCAGCAGUAGAUUCGUCUAGAGCAGUGUGUGACAAAACUUACAGCUGUGCCAACUGCACGGCAACAAGGAUUUGCCGGCCUGACCCGAAUGUGACAGGAGCUUUCAUCACUUACGAUGUUGCCUGCUCCUCGUAUAUACCUUACUGCGAUGAAAAUUCAGGAACAUGUACCAGCAAAAUACCUUUUGCAUGUCUCAAUGACACUUCCUACAUCGAAGGAGAAUUCAUGUGCUUGAAGAAUGGCAUGUUCCCACAUCCUCUCUCCAAUAGGAAAUAUUUUGAAUGCAGAAAUUACAUAUCUUACACGUAUAACUGUACUGGUCCCUACUACUAUAGAUACAACCCUGUGGAUGAGGAAUGUAACAACCGGGGCGAUUAUUAUUAUUUUGGGUCCUGUAUAGGAUACAAUGGACUGAAGAAAGCUUAUACUCCGUCUCAAUUUUACGCCUACUGUAUCGAUUCCGAAAUAGCUUUUAUGGAUAAAUGUGAUGGUGAAUAUAAGUUGAACGCAACUUCUCAAAUGUGUGAGCCAGUUUGCGAAUAUCCUGGACUGCUUGAAGAUUCUACCAACUGUAGAAAAUAUUAUAAAUGUCGCACUAAACCCGAAUACUCCUAUCAAAGUAAAUAUGAGAGAACAUCUCAUACUUGUCCUGAUGGCUUUGGGUUCAGCCAGGAAGACUUCCAAUGCGUGCCAUUAGAAAGUAUUCCUUGGUGCAAACAGUCGACUACUAAAGAUAUACUAGGCCUGCAAGUGGAUACUGAACAAGAUAAUGAUGUUAUUCAUGACAUUUCAAACCUCUCACAACAAGUCGAUGACCAUCAACUUCAGUAAUUCAUUCAAAUAAGCUACCCACAACUUGCCAGUUACUAAUAAAAUUUAGUGCCUGAAAACAAUAAUUAUUGCUCUGUUCACUCACUGAUAUGAGUAUAGCUCAAGCAUAUAACUGCAGGGCCGCCAUACUCCUAUCUUUAUAUCCACAUUCUUGUUUAGGGCUAAUUUUAUUUACAAAAAUUAAAGUAUCUUUAUCCUCUUUAAGACUUAAAAAUAACUUUAACAUUGAAAGAUAUUGUGAAAAAUACAAAAAGAAAUGUUAAAAAGGG